AUGCCCUAUAUAAUUACCCCUCCCAUGACCUCUGAGAAUAUCAAUGUAACCAUUCCACACUUUAAUCAAUAUCUUCCUUCCUUCCUUCCUUUUUCUUUCUUUCUUUCUUUCUAUCUAUCUAUCUAUCUAUCUAUCACUCAGUCUGUUCAUUAUCUAUCUAUAUAUCUAUUUAUCUAUCUAUCUAUCUAUCUUGAUCUCUUUCUCUUUCUCUCUCUCUCUCUCUCUAUGUGUGUGUUGAUCUCUUUCUCUCACUUUCUUUUUCAAUCUGUUUUAUCUAUCUUGAUCUCUUUCUCUCUUUAUCUGUUCUGUUUUAUCUAUCUAUCUAUGUUGAUCUAUUUCUCUCUAUAUAUCUAUAUUGAUUUCUCUCUCUGUUUAAGUCGGUUUUAUCUAUCUAUCUAUCUAUCUAUCUAUCUAUCUAUCUGUCUAAUUCAGUCAGUGCCCUUACCCGAGUUUCUGUAA